CACUUGGAUCAGUUUCCCUCUGCUGGCAAAACUUCACCAAAUUCAAUCAUAACUUGACAAAAUUCUCAAAACAAACCCAUCUCAUCAAUUUGAUUAUUUUAUAAUCUCAAAUCAACUUCUGCACAAAAUAUUCUGAAAAAUACAAAUACUUUGCUGUUUUAUAAAAACCAUUUUAAAAUAUAAGUUGAUAACCUCUCUUUAAAUUUUCUAGAUUUCGACCGAAUCGAUUUGAACAAUUUCUUAAAACUCAACAGAACUUCAGUUAUUGACGAUAGCCACAACGAAAUGCAGACACAAGCUUACGCCGGAGCAGUGGGUGCGAACCCAGCCGCCUUUGCCGGAAUGAUGCCGGCAGCCGCUUACUACGACCAGGGCGCAUUCUACCGCCAGGCAGCCGCCGCCCAAUACAACAUGAUGGCCGGAAAUCCGAUGGCAAUGUACCCGACAACCGCAGACUUGUACUCGGGAACUGCAGCAAUGCGAGGAUACCCCGGAUACCCCAGUCCGUUUCCACACGAGAACCCGAAAGAUAUGGUGAAGCCUCCGUAUUCCUACAUCGCCCUGAUUGCUAUGUCAAUUAUGGCCUCCAAGGAUAAAAAAGCCACUCUUAGUUCGAUCUAUCAAUUCAUAAUGGACCGGUUUCCUUAUUACAGGCACAACAAACAAGGUUGGCAAAACAGUAUCAGACAUAAUUUGAGUCUAAACGACUGCUUUAUAAAAGUGGCGAGAGACGACAAGAAGCCAGGAAAGGGCUCGUAUUGGACUCUGGAUCCUGAGUCUUACAAUAUGUUUGACAACGGAAGCUAUCUGAGACGCCGAAAGCGGUUCAAGAAAAUUAAAGAAGAAGGUAAAUUUUCGGUUGCGCAGGGUCAAAACUCCCCAAAUGCGAAGUCGAUUAAACAAGAAAUAACGAGUUCACCGCACAACUCUCUCUCGGAGAACAACAAAGCCAGCUCCGAAAUAUCACCGACGUUUUCGCAACAUCAAGUCGAAAAUAACAACAUCAAUAAUGGAAACUUCACAAAUACCUCGAUCGCUCAAACCUCAAUGUCAGGCAAAGAAAUCUCAAUUCCAUCAAACGGUUCAGCAAACUUGGCUCUCAGCCAAAUUUCACCUCUCGAUGUCAACAUGUUUAAUGAUAAGACAUUCACGCAGCAAAUGAACUUCAACGAAAACGAAAGUUUCAAUGUUCUGCUUGGGUCUGAUUUGCACGGAGCCACUGGGUACUUUAAUUCGUCCGGAACGUUAUAG